AUGGAGACGGCUAGGCUUUUCAAAUUAGUGUGUGUGAUUUGUAUUGCCAGUUUGAUUCCGACCCUACGAGCCAAUGUUGCGGAGACCGAUGAGUAUUGGGUAAAGAAGGCCAAUGAAGCUCGUAAACAUACCCUUUUGGCUUAUCAUCCCGAUCCUUAUGCGAUCGUCGACCACUUCCAUGAGCGUCAUUACGACAACUCUACUGAUGUUGAGGAGGCGGAGGAACACGAGGCGGCCGCUUCCGCGGAAGAGGACGACAUUGAGAUAAUUUCUAGUCCUACCAACAGCACAAGGCGGAGCCUAACCGGUAGAGCAAAAAAAGGAAAAUGGAGCAAACUAAAGGGACCUUGCACCGCAAGCAACCCAAUCGAUAAAUGCUGGCGUUGUCAGGCAGAUUGGGCUAAGCGUCGCAAGAAGCUUGUCCACUGCGUCCGUGGUUUCGGCUACCGAACCACAGGAGGCAAACGCGGCCGCAUCUACGUGGUCACGAGCCCUAGAGACGAUGAUGUGGUUAACCCUAAACCCGGAACACUACGUCAUGCUGUGAUUCAGAAAGAACCACUCUGGAUCAUCUUCAAGCAUGAUAUGAGCAUUAGGUUGAGCCAAGAACUGAUGAUUAACAGUCACAAGACAAUCGAUGCUCGUGGCGCUAACGUGCACAUCGCAUAUGGUGCCGGAAUCACAAUGCAGUACGUGCGCAAUAUCAUCAUCCAUGGGCUUCACGUCCAUCACAUUGUCGAGGGCAGUGGUGGUUUGAUUAGAAAUUCGGUUGACCAUUUUGGGCAAAGAGGAAGGGCUGAUGGUGAUGGUAUCUCUAUCUUUGGAGCAACUAACAUUUGGCUUGACCACAUUUCUAUGUCUAAAUGCCAAGAUGGUCUCAUCGACGCUAUAAUGGGCUCCACUGGAAUCACCAUCUCUAACUCUCAUUUCACCCACCACAACGAUGUGAGUAUUCAAAUCCAUAUACAUGCCUAUUAG